UGCUUCGACAAACGGUCACGAUCAUGUGUGGAAUGAGUCGGAGGUGGGUGUGACUGCUUGUUGCGCAGCUAUAAACAGUCCUCUGUCUUUGGACUGUGAGGGCACUUCCUGAACCUAGACAGUACUUCGCAGAGUGAUUGUUUACAGUGUUAUUCUACCUGUUGAAUAGACACAAUGGUGAACUGCUGUGGUCUGAUCACUGCUGAAAAGCAACCAGUUCCUCUGAAGAGCAUCGAGGUGGACCUGGAGGUGAGGGAUCAUGUGGCUACAGUGGCCUCCACGCUGCAGUACGACAACAAGGAGGACAAACCAAUCGAGGCUGUGUUUGUCUUCCCUAUGCCCGAUGAAGCUGCUGUCUGUCAUUUCAGUGCAAAGAUUGGACAGACACUGGUUGUAGCAGAGGUGAAGGAAAAGCAGAAAGCUCGUGAGGAGUACGAUGAUGCGCUGAGCUCUGGUCAGCAGGCCUUCUUAUUGGAGGAGAGCGACCAAACUCCAGAUAUCUUCUCUCUGAGUGUGGGCAGUCUGCCUCCAGGAGAGAGCGCCUCCAUCAGGCUGGAGUAUGUCACUGAGCUGGCUGUGCAGGCAGACGACGGCCUGAGGUUUUGUCUGCCUGCUGUGCUCAAUCCUCGAUACCAGCCUCAAGGAAGUGAAGGUGGUAGCGUCCAGGUGACAUCUGUUCCAGCCUCCAUCGUUCCCUACAGUCUGUCUUUUUCUGCUCGGGUGCGCUCACCUCGGCCGAUCUCUAAAGUGGAGUCCAACUGUUCCCUGGACCCUCUGGAGUACCUGAACCCAGAGCAGACCCAGGCCACGGUGAAACUGGCUGCAGGACACAAGUUUGACAGGGAUGUUGAAGUGCUGAUUUAUUACAAAGACAGUCACCAGCCCUCUGCUGUGGUGGAGGCAGGACAGCCCUCUGCCAAGUCUGGCACUCUGAUGGGUGAUCCAGUGGUGAUGCUGAGUCUGUACCCUGAGUUCCCACAGGAUGUGAUGUCUUCACUUGCCUCACAUGGAGAGUUUGUGUUUUUACUGGAUCGAUCUGGAAGUAUGGAUUGUCCCAUGGAUAAUAUGAAGCAUGAUGUGACUCGCAUUGCCAGUGCCAGAGACACCCUACUGCUCCUGCUGAAGAGUUUACCAAUGGGCUGCUAUUUCAACAUCUACAGUUUUGGAUCCUCUUAUGAACACAUCUUCCCUAAAAGUGUAGAGUACAACCAGAAGACGAUGGAAGAGGCUCUGAAGAAAGUUGAGAAGAUGGAGGCUGAUCUUGGAGGAACAGAGAUUCUUCAGCCGCUAAAACACAUUUAUAAACAAGCCUGCAUUCCCAAUCAGCCUCGACAACUCUUUGUCUUCACUGAUGGAGAGGUGGGAAACACCAAAGAAGUUACAAAUCUGGUGAAGAAUAAUUCAAGUUCCCACAGAUGUUUCUCUUUUGGGAUUGGACAAGGAGCCAGCUCUGCUCUGAUCAAUGGUUUGGCCAAAGAAGGAGGAGGUCAUCCUCAGUUUAUCACAGGAAGUGAAAGGAUGCAACCAAAAGUGAUGCAGUCACUGCGAUUCGCUUUGCAGCCAGCCGUGGCCGACACGUCAGUCACAUGGGAUUUGCCAAAGGGAGUGUCAGUUACUGUUCUCUCUCCACCCAUUAGAACGAUUUUCCAGGGUCAAAGGUCACUGCUUUAUGGUCAGCUCACUGGACAGAGUUCAGAGUCAGACGAGGGCUGUGUGACGGUGAAGUACAGCCUGGCAGGUCAUCCCUCUGAGAACAAGCUCCGCUUCAGUCUUAAACCUGCAGAGGACACUGGUUUAACAGCCCACAGGCUGGGUGCACGAACUCUGAUUCGCUCCAUGGAGAUGGAGGAGAAGAAGCAAGAUGAAGCAGUGAAACAGAAGAUUGUGGAAGUCAGUGUCCAAUCAGGAGUGAGCAGUUCCUUCACUGCAUUUAUUGCGGUCAACAAAAGUAAUGACCAGCCGAUUCAGGGGCCGCUGUUGCGUAGAAAUAUUCCACUACCCAUGAUGAUGGCCUGCAGUAUGCCAAUGUCUCCAGUGCUGAUGGGCUGCAGUAUGCCAAUGCGUAAAAUGAAGAUGGCUAGGGCUGCAGGUCCUCCCGCAAUGGAUUGUAAAAAAAAAUCCAAAGGUUUUUUCUUCGGGGCAUUUAAAGGUCGUAAAUCCAAGGGACUUUCGGGAUCUGUUGGUGACUGCGCUCCUGAAAGCGAUAGUAUGUCACGCAUGCGUAGGUCUCUUGAUGUCCUAGAAUGUGCUGAUGAGUGCUUGGAUAUGGCGUUGGACUAUGAGGAAGAGGAUGGGGACCUUAAGUCAGCCAGCCGUCCCAGAGACCCUUUUCUGCAGGUGGUUUCUCUGCAGCAGGCCUCUGGAUGCUGGGAACUACAGCCUGCUCUGGCCGAUGCGCUGUCAAAGACGAGCGAUGAUAUGGAAAAGAAAAAACCUGCAUCGGUGAACAAUGAAGUGUGGGCCACCAUCCUGGCUCUGAUCUGGCUUCAUGGUUUUCAGGUGGAUGCUAAGGACGAGUGGGAGCUUUUGGCUCUGAAGGCCGUGUCAUGGCUCCGCUCACAGAAUGUACCGUGUGUUCCAGAGUGUGUGGAUGCUGCCAAUGCGCUGUUGGGUUGUAAGGUGCAGAAAGACGCCCUGGGGCUCUGAACCUUCAUUAAACCAGCUUCUCUGUAGGAUUAUACACAGUGACAAAUGUUCAAUGUCCUGCAGUGUGUACUUGUGUUUACAGUGUUUGCUGCCAUGUUAUGUGCCAAAACUACUGAAAUAUCCUCUGUAAUGCUUUAUUUUUUCAUUUGAUGUUUCCUCCUGUUUCUAUGGAUGUCUCUUUCUUAUUUCUAUUACUUAUGGAGUUUAAAACCAAAUGCUUAUAAUAUGUGCCAAAAAUCUGUUCAAAGUAAACAUCUCUUUGCACCAUUAUUCACUUAUCACUACAAAUCUUUAACAUAACAGGAAUAUUACAGGACAACACACUCAAUAAAGCUAAAUCCAGUCCAUUCA